AUGGCAAUAGAUCGCUCCACUUCUGCAAGUUCUCCAUAUCAAAUCAUUUUACCUAAUGCAAUUGAGCUUAGUCAUAACAAAGUGGAGCAAAAAGCUAUUUUUCUUGAGACGUCCAAUGAUGUUUCGGUAUUUUUCGAAGAUUUUGCACAGUUUAGUGCUGAUUCUUCCGCAGUUAUUCCUGUCCACAAACUCGGAACUUACCACAUCGUAGUGACAAUGCCGCCAGACUCGCGUAAAAGUCAAAUCGCUGUUGCAUCGUUGGAAAACAAUACAGAAAUUACUAUACGAUUUAAAAUGGCAGUAAACAUACCAUUAAAUAUUGAUGGAAACAUUUUUAGAGACGGUGAUAUUUUCAAUUUACGGUUGAACAAGUUCGAAACCUUUCAAGUAGGUCAUACCACAGAUCUAACAGGAACUCUUGUAAAUUCUUCAGCACCAAUAGCUGUAUUUUCCGGUGAUGAAUGCACAAAACUUAUGUCACGCGGAGCAUGUGAUCACCUUGUAGAACAAGUUCCGCCUUUCCUGAAUCUUGAUAAUGUUUUCAUUGUACCUUCACAUGCUGAAGACCGAACUACAGUCAUCCGGGUCACAGCAGGAAAGGACACUAACUUUACGUACACUGUAAAUUCUAUCGCGACAGACUUAACUUUGCUGACGGGAAAUUCGCACGAAAUAUCAAUUUACAGCAAUCAAAUCUGCUUAAUUCAAUCCGAGGGUCCUAUUCUUGUUACAAGUGUAAGUGUUGCAUCGACGACCACUACAAAUGGAGAUCCUUAUAUGACAAUAGUCCCAGGCAUUCACCAGUUUAUUGAUUACUACAAGGUGCCAAUCCCAUACAACUACAAUACCAACUACGUUUCCAUUACAAUCAAUUCCAGCGCUGUGUCAAAUAUCUUAACAAACGGAACAUCAGUUUUGCAAUCGAACAUUGUUUAUGAAAGCUCUUCAAAUUCAGAAAAUGGGAACUUCACGGUUUUGACAUUGAGUGUUAUACCCGGUGAACUUAGAAUACACACAUCGGAUCAUACUCCAUUCGGGCUUCUUAUAUACGGGCACGGUAGAUAUGUUGGUUAUGGAUUUUCAGGAAACACUCUUCUACAAGAUGAAGAAUGA